AGUUUUUAAAGAAAGUAUGGAAAAUUGAGAAGUAUAUAUAUAUAUACACACUCUACCUUCUACCCAAAUCAGAAAGCCAUCCUGGGAAAAAAAAACACAAGAAGAAGAACAAAGGUGAUAACAAUAAUAAUAAAUAAAUAUAAUGGGGAGAGGAAAGAUAGAAGUGAAGAGAAUUGAGAACAAAACAAGUAGACAAGUUACUUUCUCAAAGAGAAGAGCUGGACUUUUGAAGAAAACACAUGAACUUUCUGUUCUUUGUGAUGCUCAAAUUGGACUCAUCAUUUUCUCAACCAAAGGCAAAUUGUUUGAGUACACCACUCAACCUCACAGCAUGGGUGAAAUCAUUAAUAAGUAUCUCCAAACUACUGGUGCCUCACUUCCAAUUCAUGAUCAUAGGGUGGAACAAUAUGAUGAAAUAACAAAAAUGAAAAGAGAAACAUUGAAUCUUGAAUUAAGUCUUCAAAGAUACAAAGGUGAUGAAUUGAACUCAGCACAAUAUGAUGAAUUAAAUGAACUUGAGAAGCAGCUUGAAAAUUCUAUUAACAAAAUUAGAGCCAGAAAGCUUGAACUCUUGCAACAGCAGAUGGAAAACCUGAAGAGAACAGAGAAAAUGUUGGAGAAAGAAAAUCAUGAUAUGUGUCAGUGGUUGAUGAAGUAUGAAAUGUACAAGCAACAGCCAGUAGCAAUGAUGGAGCAACAAGAAGAAGCAGCAAUUACUGAACUGAAUUUACUUGGAGAACAACCAUUGUUGUCUCAAUUUUCAUUCUUUGGAGAUCAACACCAACUUGGUACUACAAGUAAUUCUUCAGCAUAUCACCUUCAAACUUCUCACCCUUUUACUCCCUCUACCUACGAUUGAUGAGGAGGAGCUGCAAUUGCUGGGGAUAAUUAAUUCUACAUUUCCUUUGGCAUAUUUAGAAGCUAUAUAUAGAAAGCAUGUAAACUUUAAUUAUAUGCAUCUUAAGGAUCUAUUGAUUGUAACUAAUUAAGGAUGUCUAGUAUUGGUACAAUGAAGUUUUACUAUAAUUCAUAUGUGAUGUAUAAGAAAUUUGUUUGGGUCAUUUUAAUUUGAUGGAUUUAUAA